AUGGGGAAUGUUCCAGCAAAGGAAAGCGUUGACUCAUCUACAGGCUCAAGGAGCAUGACUACUGCAGAUUUUGCCAAGCAGUUUUUGAUUGCAAGACUCGAUACCAAUUCAAAUGAACAUACAUUAGUGAAGCAUGGCAAGGAAAAGGAAUCUAAGAAAUGGGCAUUCAGGGCAAAACAGAUGAAUAACCUCAUAGUAAAGUAUGACGAAAAUGUAGAUGGUGGGUAUUUGGCGCCAUUUGAUAACUACAAGUACAAUUUAGAUUAUCAAACCGAACUUGUGAGAGAGUUGAUUAAAAAUAGAAAACUCUCUCCCUUUUUCACCCCCUUACAAGAUUAUGAUGAGAACUGGACUGAUGAAGAGUUGCUAGAGUAUUUGAAAAAUAACUUGACCAUCCACAAGAGGGUCGAUUUGAAUACCUUGGCAGAUGAUAUAGAAGAUCCAAAUGAACAUAAAUUACACAUGUCUUCAAGUACAAAGAAGAAAAUCGAAAGCAAGCUCAAAACCUUAAAACUAAAGCAACAAGCCGGUGCCACUCAGAAUUACGAAAUAGAGAGGCAUUUGAGAGAUUUCAAGGAGUAUCAAGUGAUACCAGAAAAAUUCCCAAAUAUCUUUUCUGAUGAUUUGUUACUAAGAAUAUAUAAAGAUUGUGAGGAGUGCCCUAUAUGUUUCCUCUACUACCCAAAGCUACUGAAUUCCACAAGAUGCUGUGACCAGCCCAUAUGUACUGAAUGUUUUGUUCAGAUGAAGCGUUUAGAUCCCCAUUACCCCCACGAUGAAGGAGGUACCCCAGGUCCAGCUAAUCAGGAAGAAGAAAAUGAUCCCGGUAAAUUAAUCAGUGAACCAGUUAAAUGUCCGUUUUGUGCUGUUGGUGAUUUCGGUGUUUUAUAUUCUCCCCCAGCCGACUUUAGAGUGGGCCUAGAUUCUAGCUGCAAACCAGGAGAAUACAAUUUCAAUGAUCCUGGAGUCAUUGAGGAGAAUGAAGGCGAAGACUCAAAAGACAACGAAAAUGUCGUUCUUACAGAAGCUGAUUUGGCCGAUCCUUUUAGUACGAAAAGGGAAACUCUUGAGAGAAGAAAUAAGUUGAAACACAGUAGAAAGACAAGUAAUAUUACCCAACAUGGAAGUUCUAUUGAAAGAGCCCGCAGAGGAUCAGUUCCAAAAGAUGGCGUCGGCGUCAUUACGAUUGAUUUAAUUAGGCCCGAUUGGGAGCAGAAGUUGCUGAGUGCACGUGCCAAAAUAGCCAGACGGUCGGCUGCUGCAACGGCAUUGCAUGCCACGUCUUUAUUGACUGAGGAGGAAAAUGCCAAUGGGGAUACUGGAGGUAGACGAAGACAUAGUCACCGAAGUCACGCCAGAAAUGGACACACGUACGAAGAACAGCAACUUUUAGAAGAGCGAUUAAUUCAAGAAGCGAUGCGAUUAUCUCUUCUUGACGAAGAAGAACGACAAAUGCGUGAGAGAAUGAGAAAUAGCCUUUAA